AUGUCUGAAACGGAGGGUAAGGUUAUUACUUGCAAGGCAGCCGUGGCAUGGGAGGCCAAAGCUCCUCUGAAAAUCGAAACGGUUGAAGUAGCUCCACCGCAAGCUCAUGAAGUUCGCAUAAAAAUUCUUUACACUGCACUAUGUCAUACUGACACUUACACGCUUGACGGGCAUGAUCCUGAAGGGCUAUUUCCUGUUAUUCUCGGCCAUGAGGGUGCUGGCGUUGUAGAGAGCGUUGGUGAAGGCGUCACAGAGUUCAAGCCAGGAGAUCAUGUUAUACCGCUGUACGUUCCACAAUGCAAGGAGUGCGAUAUACCUCAAGGUAAUGGGACCAUGCCAAACGGUACGAAGCGGUUCAAGUGCCAAGGAAAGGAACUUCACCAUUUUAUGGGAUGCUCUACUUUCUCGGAAUACACUGUGGUUGCUGAUAUAUCGCUGUGCAAGGUGAGUUUCAUUUUUGGUUUGCUGCCUGUUCCUAUCACUUUAUGCGGUCUGUCAUCGUUUGAUGACGCCAUCAAAAUGGUCCGGAUCAAUCCCGAUGCACCUUUGGAUAAAGUCUGCUUACUGGGAUGUGGGAUUUCUACGGGAUAUGGUGCCGUGAUUAAUACUUGCAAGGUGGAACCAGGUAGCACAGUCGCUGUGUGGGGUCUUGGAGCUGUUGGCCUCGCCGUGAUUAUGGGCGCUAAAGCUGUUGGAGCCAAGAGAAUUGUGGGCAUCGACAUUGUAGAAAGCAAGUAUGAUAAGGCUCGUCAGUUCGGCGCAACUGAAUGUGUUAACCCAAAAUCUGUGCCCGAGGGGCAAUCCAUCCAAGCCUGGCUCGUUGAGAAGUUCGAUGGCGGUUUUGAUUACACAUUUGAAUGCAUUGGCAGUGUGCAGACGAUGCGUCAAGCUCUUGAAGCCGCACAUAAAGGAUGGGGAGUGUCUUGCAUUAUUGGAGUGGCAGGUGCUGGUCAAGAGAUAUCAACGCGUCCUUUCCAGCUAGUUACUGGAAGAACUUGGAAAGGAUCUGCUUUUGGAGGUGCAGCUGCUUUUUUUGUUAUCUAA